ACCCUACAAAAUUUAGGCAGGCAUGGCCAACCACGCCUGUUUCUCAACCUUCUCUAAUAUUACUCAUUGGAUGCAUUCUACAACCAAUUACGCAAUAUUUGAUGUAAGUACCUGUUGUUUACUACCUAUUCUUGCAUCAAUAAUUUUACUUCUUCUCAUCAAGUUUGGGGUAAAUUUUCUUAAGAAACAGACAACUUUACCAGCAUCAUUUCCAUUACCUCCAGGACCAUCACCCUGGCCGAUUUUGGGUAGUAUACCAGAUUUACUUCGAAAUAAACCAAGGUUUAAAUGGAUAUUAGGUUUAAUGAAGGAAAUGCAUACUGAAAUUGCAUAUAUUCGUCUUGGAAAUGUUCAUGUAAUUCCAGUGACUUCUCCAGAAAUUGCUCGAGAAUUUUUGAAAAAACAAGAUGCGAUUUUUUCGUCAAGGCCCAUAACAAUGGCUACCGAGUAUUCGAGUCGUGGAUUCUUAUCCGUUGCGGUUACACCUUGGGGAGAACAAUGGAAGAAAAUGAGAAGAGUUGUGACUUCCGAAAUGGUCAGUCAUGCGAGAUUGAAAUGGCUUCUCCAAAAGAGAAAUGAGGAAGCUGACAACCUUAUGUUUUAUUUACACAAUCAAUGCAAUAAAAACUCGUUACGUGGAGGUCAAGUGUUCAACUUAAGAUUACUAACGAGGCAAUUUAGUGGGAAUGUAAUUAGAAAAAUGGUUUUCAAUAAAAGGUAUUUUGGAAAAGGAAGAAAAGAUGGAGGACCCUGUAGCGAAGAGAUAGAACAUGUUGAUUCGGUUUUUACAGUCCUUUCUCAUAUCUAUUCCUUAGGUGUACAAGAUUAUUUGCCUUAUUUGAGGUGGGUAGAUUUAGAUGGUCAUGAAAAGAUUGUCAGGAGAGCAAUGGGGGUUGUGAAUAAGUAUCAUGAUCCAAUUAUUGAAGAGCGGAUUCGACAAUGGAGUGAUGGAUCCAUGAAAAAUAGACUGCCUGAAGAUUUGCUAGAUGUUCUCAUAUCUCUUAAGGACGAACACGAGAAUCCAUUGCUAUCAACUGAAGAGAUCAAAGCUCAAGCAACAGAUAUAAUACUUGCAACGGUGGAUAAUCCAGCCAAUGCUGUUGAAUGGGCCAUGGCGGAGAUGAUAAAUCAACCGGAUAUUCUCAGAAAAGCUGCAGAAGAAAUUGAUAAGUUAGUUGGUAAGAACCGCUGGGUACAAGAAUCUGACUUUCCAAAACUCAAUUAUGUAAAAGCUUGUGUUAGGGAAGCACUUAGACUCCAUCCAAUAGCUCCCUUUAACCUUCCGCAUGUAUCAAAAUCAGAUACAGUUGUAUCGGGCUAUUUUAUCCCCAAAGGAAGUCAUGUAUUAUUAAGUCGUAUAGGAUUAGGCCGGAACCAUAGAAUUUGGCAGGAACCGCUGAAGUUCAACCCAGAACGUCAUCUAAUGUCAAAGGAUGGUGGAACAGCUAAUGUGGAUCUCACUGAGCAGGAACUAAGAUUCAUAUCAUUUACUACUGGACGACGAGGAUGUGUUGGUGGUCCACUUGGGACCGCGAUUACAGUCAUGUUAUUAUCUAGACUUAUUCAAGGAUUCGACUGGAGUUCUCCCCCAGGAGAAUCGAUGAUAGAUCUCUCAGAAUCGGCUAAUGAUCUAUACUUGGAUAAGCCGUUGUUUGCCCAUGCCAAACCAAGACUGCCUUUGCAUAUUUACCCGGUAGAGUAAUCAAAUUUGUCAGGUACUGAUGUGUACCGUAGAGUUAUGUCAUAAUUGGCGAUCAAUAAAAAAUGGUCUUA